UUUUAUCUCUAAUUGCUGGAAGUUUAGCUGAGGUCGAAGAUAUCUUAAAAACAUUCAGAGAUGUAGGCUUGUUCGUCGCGGUAAAUUUUAUUGGUUGUUUUAUCCAAGCCUUUAUCGUUUAUCCAUCGUUGUAUUUUUUCAUUGUGAGAAGGAAUCCUUUUGCCUAUUUGUCUGGUAUAGUUCCUGCUAUGAUCACUGCAUUUGGAACAUCGUCAAGCUCAGCUACCUUACCAGUCACUAUCCGUUGUGUCACUGAGAACAACAAGGUCGAUCGAAGGGUGGCGCAGUUUUGUUUACCAAUUGGUGCAACCUGCAAUAUGGAUGGGAGUGCCUUGUACAUCGGCGUUGUCGUUAUAUUUUUGGCAAACCUCGAGAAUAUGUCCCUUACAUUUGGGGAGAUCAUUUUGACAGCCUUGGUCGCAAUAUUUGUAUCAGCUGGUUCUUCAGGAAUUCCAAGUGCGGGAUUAUCCUACACCAUUUUGUGCCUUGAAGCUGUUGGGGUUCCUACGAGAUUCAUUGGCCUCAUCUUUGCUAUUGAUUGGAUUGUCGAUCGAAUACAAACCGUGAAUAAUGUGAUGGGGGACGCCUACGGGGCAGGGAUGAUCAACCACGUAUCCACUGAUCUGAAUCAACUUCUGGACGAUCAUGAAACUGAGAGAGAUAAAAAUGGAACUGCGAAAGGAAAUCAUUUCCGAGCCGGAGAGAACAGUACAACAUGCAGUACCACACGGUUUUAAGACUAUUUUUACAUCUUUUUCUAUACCAAGCCUUCGUCAUCGUUUGUUAUUUAUGCAUGCACCACUAAUCCUUAUUCC